AUGGAGCAAAAAACACGUCAUACAUAUGCCCUUCCCUCAUCUAGACGAGUGAGACUUUCUACACCAGAAUCCUCAUCUGGAGAAGCAAAGACAACACCACCAUCGCCGCGAGGACGAGGCAUUCUGCUUCCACCAGCCCAGUACGGACGUGCUGCAAGUCCCACACCGCUCAGCCAGUCUCUGCCCAACGACUUGGCAUUAAAUACACGUAACUAUACCCCAAAAGAGUGGGCUCUUAUCGGUAUUGAUCGCAAAGACUCAUCUUCAAAAUUUGCCGUGGUGCUGUUGCAUUGGCCUUCCAUGACACUGUACACUUGGCCCUUGGACCCAAAAUCUCCCGAAAAACAGAGUAACUGCUUCAUCACGCCCUUGGGUCAGAAGGAAAACAUGCAGCAUGAUACCAAACUGGUGCAUCAAAGCUUGUCCGUGCUGGAGCAUGCGGUGCGGGCAUGGAUGCGGUAUGUUCGAACCAAGUCGGCAUCCCAGACGGGCAGUGUGUCAGUCACGCAUGCCGAAAUCGUACAGAUUUGCCAAAUCCUAGGGCUGGAACCGGCUUCGCAGGAGCAGCGCCUCCAGUAUUUGCAGGUACAGCAACUCCCGCUAUUGCCGCGUUCGAGACCGUCGUCUCGGAGCAGUUCGCCUCUGAAGAGCCCCUCUUUCGGCAUGGCUUCUGCCACCGACAAGGCGCCAGACAACUCCCCAUAG